CGGCACCGCCCCUCAGAACGCGUAGCACCUCGCGGAGCCGGCAGGUCCCGGCGCUGCGGCUGCGGUCCUCGCUCCGGGGCGUAGCGGGCUCUGGUGUGCUUAGCUCCCGUCAGUGCCAUGAUCCGGCAAGAGCUCUCCACGUCCUACCAGGAGCUGAGUGAGGAGUUGGAUCAGGUGGUUGAGAACUCAGAGCGGGCAGACGAGCAGGAAAAGGAGGCAGUCAGAGUCCAGGGUUCAGGAAUCUUACCAGCCCUCGACAGCGAGUCUGCCUCCAGCAGCAUCCGCUUCAGCAAGGCCUGCCUGAAGAACGUCUUCUCGGUCCUGCUCAUCUUCAUCUACCUGCUGCUCAUGGCCGUGGCCGUCUUCCUGGUGUACCAGACCAUCACAGACUUCCGUGAGAAACUCAAGCACCCCGUCAUGUCUGUGUCGUAUAAGGAAGUGGACCUCUACGACGCCCCAGGGAUCGCCCUGUACCCCGGGCAGGCCCAGCUGCUCAGCUGUAAGCACCAUUACGAGGUCAUCCCACCUCUGAGGAGCCCGGGCCGGCCCGGAGACGUGAACUGCACCACCCAGAGGAUCAACUACACCGACCCUUUCUCCAACCAGACCCUGAAAUCCGCCCUGAUCGUGCGGGGGCCGAGGGAGGUGAAGAAGCGGGAGCUGGUCUUCCUCCAGUUCCGCCUGAACCAGAGCAGCGAGGACUUCAGCGCCAUCGAUUACCUCCUCUUCUCCUCCUUCCAGGAGUUCCUGCACAGCCCAGACAGGGUGGGCUUCAUGCAGGCCUGUGAGAGCGCCUCUUCCAGCUGGAAGUUCUCCGGGGGCUUCCGGACCUGGGUCAAGAUGUCCCUGGUGGAGACCAAGGAAGAAGACGGGCGAGAAGCAGUGGAGUUCCGGCAGGAGACGAGUGUGGUCAACUACAUUGACCAAAGGCCGGCCGCCGAAAAAAGCGCCCAGCUGUUUUUUGUGGUCUUUGAAUGGAAAGAUCCUUUCAUCCAGAAAGUGCAAGAUAUAAUCACAGCCAAUCCUUGGAACACAAUUGCUCUUCUCUGUGGGGCCUUCUUGGCAUUAUUUAAAGCAGCAGAGUUUGCCAAACUGAGUGUGAAGUGGAUGAUCAAAAUUAGGAAGAGAUACCUUAAAAAAAGAGGUCAGGCCACGAACCACAUAAGCUGAAGUCACCUUGUCCAUGGAACUGCCCACAUUAAUGGAGGUUCUCACCACUUCCACUUUGAUAAACUGAGCUACCAGCCUCCUGAACUCACCUGGAGAGAUGGCCCUGCUGGGAGGAGCUGCUGGGGAACAGAUCCAGUGGAUAACCUACAAGUUAUUUAAGCACUUAAAUUAUUAAGGAAGUUUUGCCUAGGACAUAUGGAUAGGGUUUGUGGGAGAUGGAACUAGGGCUGGUUCUGAAGGUUUGUCGACUGCCUUUCUUUCUGGUUUGGCAUAUAGCUCAGCUGCAACAGGCUGUUAAGGCUCUGUGUUUACCCCCCCCCCCCCCCCCCCGAGGUUUUUAAGUGGAUGGACAAGGGUGUGGCUAUUGAGAUGUGUAGGUCACGCUUUGAAACCUGAGCACUUUACACAAGGAAAGACAAACACCCGUAUGUCUCUGGCAUCUCUGCUGUUCCCAUCGUCCGGUCUCUGACAAGUUUUCUCCUUUGUUAAAUGUUAAAUGAGACCUUUAAAGCGAAUACUAUAAUUAGAUUUCCUGUGGACUCACUAGCCAUCUCUCUGGUUAGAGUUUUUGUUGAUGCAGGUGUAAGAGUUUAGAGUGAUUAACACGCAAAAGCACUAGUGUGAAUGUACAGAGUUAGGUGCCUAUCAAUGUAUUUUGAUGAUUUCAUGAACAGGUAAAUAAAAGUAAGGUUACUACAAAAGGAAUCAGUGUGCCAGUAUGAAUAUGUUAAAUCAGUAGGCACCAGUACACUUUCCUUCUGUGUCCUCCAAAUAGAAGGCGGUGUGAGCCUGGACUCCUGAGAUGGAUGGACCUGGUCCCCGAGGUAUGGCCUGACUGUGCCCAGGGAAGAGCAGGGUGGGCAGGACAGUUGAUGGGAAGAAUGAUGGCUCAAGCCCCAUGCAUCAGCUGUUAACUCUACAAAACCACCGAGUAUUUUUCACAUGGUAGCCAUUGGCUGAUUUAAGGUUAUGAAAUUGUUUCCAGAGUUUUAAAUUAUUUACAUGCCCUUUGCAACCAAAGAGGACUUGGUAGCAUUUCCUGAAUUUCAUAAUCUGCCUUUAGAUAACUCAAAUGUGUGACUGGGUAUUUUUUUAAAUUCUCAUGUCUAACUUAGCAGCAUGAAUGAAGCUGGUUUUUGGCUGGAUUAUUAAAAGUGAACUUGUGUACAGAAAUAUUCCCUGCUGCUUUUCUAUGCCAUAGAGCAGCGGUCGCCAACCUUUCGGACCUCACGGACCACCGGUUGGCGACUGCUGCCAUGGGGCAUGCAAAUUCAAACUUUAGCCUAGGUCUCCUCUCUAAAAAUCUUGCUGUAAGGCAAAUGCAAAGCAGGCAUAAAAGCAUACAUUAACAGUAUUGAAAACCAGAUGUGUAUUCGUAAAGUAUCUCUGAAAAUGACACACCACUUUAAUAUUAGUUAAUAUUUAUAAAAUGGCCAAUAAAAUUUGUUCCAAUGAACAGCCUAAAACUGAAUUUUCUAUAUUGUGGAAAGUUGAGACCUCUGAAUUGUGCUUUAGAGUCAGUAGAUAACUAGGAAGUGAGCAGUUCUAACUCAUCAAAGAACAGCAGCUAACAACUAUUAGCUGCAGCCUGCCGAAGUCCACUCUGGCUGCUCUUCAGUAAAAGAGGUGUGCGCCUAAACCGUCCACAAAUGGACAGUCAGCCCCAACGUUCACUGUCUGGAAAGGCUUGCCUUUCAUUCUUGUUCUGCAGUCGGGUCACUCUUCUGCCUGCACCGCCCCAGCUGUCCGCAGUGCCGGCUGGCCGUGGGUUAGUGUGGAGGAUCCGGCAAGAGCACCGUGGUCUGGAUGUCUCAGGUAAGGUGGCUGCUUGAGAACACCAUGAAAUAUGAGCCGCAGACUGAAAAGGAAGCAUUCUCGGGAGCCACAGAGCGACGGGGGUUGCUUUUACAAGGACCUGAGGACUGUGCAGAACCUGUGCUAGAGCUUUCCGUGGGUAUGAAAGGGUGGAAUCAGACACCAGUCGUUGAAAACUUUGAGAACGCCUGACCUCUGAUUCUGCUACAAUCUCCCUGCCCCUCACAAAAACUGUUAUUACAGAUUUUCAGAUUUAUCCUCCUGGGUCUAUUUAAAACUAACAUUUAAGGUAAGUAAAAUCCAUCCUCUGAACAUAAAAGGACAUGAAGGAUAUCCUAGAACUUAGGGUUUUAUGCAAAUAUUCUAUAAAACAGAUAUACGUUGAUAAAUGGCUGGAACACUCAAUCUGGCACAAUCUUCCUAUUUUUUUAGACUCUAUCCCGCAACUUGCCUUAAACUUUCAUAUAUAUGUACAUAUAUGUAUGUGUGUAUAUAUAUAUGUAUACACACACACACACGUAUGAAUGAUGUAUGUAUAUAUGAAGGGGGCAGCUUCUUCUGAAUGCCUAAACUUAGAGUUAAAAAAUGCAGUGAUGAGAUAAGGCAAAAUACAAACAUAGACUUUAUUAAAUGCUGCUCAAUCCCCCAAUGAAGAUCUUUCAUUACAAAACAGUUUUCCACACAACUGCAAGUUAAGAGAUUGGAAUGGUACUCUGAUAACAAAAUUUAUGAGAAAUACUUGACCAAGUAAAAACAUACAAGACCCCUAUAGUCAACCUUCUUAGAACGCUACAGAAGCCAACUGCAGUUCUUUAAAGCCAGGCAGUGGCAAGGAGCACUUGGUGUCACCACACUGUGGGACACGACGCCCCCAUCAGGAGGGACUGGAGGAGGGCAGGUGCUGAGGGCUGGAAGGGCCCUGCCUUCAGCCAUGGGGAAGGGGAGGAAGAGGAAUGAACUGAGAGGCAGGCUGCGUGUUCACCUGCGCUGCCCCCACUAAUCUGUGCUCAUCAUUCGGGAGUUGCAGAUAAGGGAGAUACUCAUGAGGAGCAAUCUGAAGAAUUUGGUUUACUUUCCUAGCUUUUAUUUAUAAGUUGUGCUUUAAAAAGCCUGGAGAUUUAAGUUUUUUGCUCAAAUUCCAGAGUACAGUAAUAUUUCUAAUGAAGGGAGGCUUUUGGCAGGUAAUUCCUCCCAUCAUAUUUCUGAGAGGGACAAAGGGAAAGGUAAGGAUUAUACCUUAGUUUUAUUUAGGAAAUACUUUUUUCCUAGGAUGUAACUAAGGUCUGCAGCAAUGUGAAAAGCACAUUAUAAAAGGGAAAAAUAUACAGAGCAGACUACUAUAUCUAUGUGCAACACAAUCAAAAUAGAAUUCAAGUCAUAAUUCUUACCACCCCCCAUAAUUAUCUCACUCAUAUUAUAGAUGAUAAAGUUCAUUUCUGUGAAACUUCAGAUGUGACACAAUAAAUCAAUGAUUAGACAAACGUUACAAUAUACUGCGGCCAUGAUAUAGCACAGGGCUAUGUUUAGUCCAUAUAUUUUUUCAUUUACAGUUGCCAGAAAAAAAUUGACCUUUUAAUUAUACUGU